AUGGCUUUAGUGAGUCAUUUGAAACAUUUGAGCAGCUGGAGAAAUGGAUUGAACGAGAAACACGACGGUGGCAUUAAGAAGUGCUUCAUCCUCGCGAUAGUGUUGGUGGCACUCUCGUUCCCGUGUUACUGGCACUUGGGAAUUGGCUCCAGCUGGGGUGGGGAUUCGGUCGUCGUCGGUGGCGGCGCAGCAGGGGCGGCGAGGGGCGGGGAGGCGGCGGCGUGGAGGUCGUCCUCGUGCCCGGCGCCGGAGCUCGACCUCGACCGGCGGCGGAGUCUCGCGGCGGCGCUCCGGGAGGUGGAGCGCGAGGUGGCAGAGGUCGCCGGCACCAAGGCAGUGGUGGACUCCAAGUGGGUUCUUCGCCUGGAGUCCCUCGCAUCCCAGCUGGAUCCCCAGGUGGCACUGGACAAACCCCACAAGGCCUGGGACUUUUCUGCUUGGCUCCCCGACACGCCACGACCUGAUGCCAGUGCGCAGGGCGAGCGCCACGUGUGCCCGGAGGUGUAUUUGGGCAACAAGUACGACUGGCCCCUUUACCAGCAUGGGAUGGAGCAGGAAGAGUGCCACGACGUCCCGUCCUUCGGCUCUGUCCUGACGGCGGUCCUCCCUGCGAAGUCUUGGCCAGACGAUGUCCUCCAGUUGGUCCUUGUGCAGAUCAGGAAGCUCUACGAGAUCCCUGUGGUCGUUCUGGUGCAGAAAGGAGGCGCAACGGCCAACGUGAGCCAGGUGAGCUUCGUCGAGAUGGACAGCAGCCUCUCUGAUGCUGAGAAUCUCAACGCCGCUAUAUCAAAGGUGACCACGCCCUUCGUGCUGCUGGGGGAGUCGCUGGCGCACUUCAGCAACCAGUCGUCGUUGGAGCGCCUCGUGCGGGUGCUGGACGACCUGGACCACGUGCAGGUGGCCGGGGGCGCUGCCAGGGACGCCCAAGGCCACUGGAGCCACGGCUGUCUGCAGCAGCACAUGGCCAACUACCAGGCCAAGUACACAAUGGGCUACUACCACUCCAAGUACGAGUGCAUGUACUGCGACGACCUCCUCACCCCCUUCGUCACCACAACCAAGCUGCUUCGCUCGCUCGCCUUCAGCGCCGGCCUCAGCGGACAGGCCCUGUACCGAGACUGGUUCGCCAAGGUGCGCGGCGCAGGCCACCUGGCCGUGCUCUGCCCCGACGUCAUGUUCUUCGUCGGCGACCACGUCAACAUGACGGCCGACGACUGGCUGCCCGUGGCCCGCCGCUGGGCCCUGCAGAAGGUGCAGGCUUUCGACGGCAGAGAGCACCUCUUCAGCUGCGAGUCGGUGGGCAUCUCGUGCAGGAAUCCUCUGGGCAUCAUCCAAAGCUAUCUGUUGCCGCCGUGUUGCGUCGAAGAGAUGGAGGAACUGAUCGGGUAUCUAGUCAGCUACGCGGAGCAAAAUCACCUGGACUACGAACUGCACGCAGGCUCUGUCCUUGGGGCUAUAAAGCUGGGCCAGUACCUUCCUUGGGACUUUGACACAGACAUUGUUGUCAACUGUCAUCAGUUCAACAAAUGGAUGCAGAUUGAUGCAUAUCUGAAAACUAGGAGAAUUAAGUGCAGAAAAAGAAUGGUAUGGAAAGGAUAUAUGAAUAUCAUUUGUCCACACUUCUUUCUGGAAAUUAUCUGUCAUGAAGGGGUAAACAACAGUCGAAUCCACCUUCCGGCCGAGUACAGAGACAUCCCGACGCAGGCCUUGUACUCUGGCCGGUGGGUCAACGUCAGGAGCAACCCGGGACUCUACUGCAGGAAUGCCAUGGGUCUGGAGGUGCUCCGCCACGCGGCGCACUGGAGGACGCUCAAGACCUCGAAGGAGGCGAAGGCCAGGGGCGGUUACGACGACCCAGGAACUUGGAACAAGUGUAAGGACCCGAGCCAUCAUUCCUGUCUGGACAAAUAUCCUGGGGAUGGAAACCUGCCCUUCACCCAGCCUUUCCUGCGCCCUUAG